AUGCGCGAGCUCAUCGGUCGCUUCGUGGAGCACUUCCUCAUGGCCUCUUUCGGAAUCAAAGAAGCUUACAUCGAAAGCCAGAGAGACCGCUUUAAGUGCGAAGUGCAUUUGAUGGCUGGCGAGGUGGCACAUUGGAUGAAUGUGAACUGCAAGCUAGUGGCCCACAAGGAGGACAGAGAGAUGCUGAAGAAUGUUUGCUGGGAGAUCAAGAAGAUCAACAGUUGCUACGUCAACGUGGGCGCCCAUCCGGAAAGUCUGACGCCUGGGAAGCUGGAGGAGCUCGAUGGACUGUGCGCAGACGUCUUUCAGUGGAUUGGUAGCUUGCUGUUGGAGGCUGCGCACUGGACGCCCAAGAAGACCAAGGACGACGUUUUAGCGAGCACCACGUCCGCCACGCCCACCAAUCACACCUUCCACCGCACCGACCUCCCCCAGCGCUGCAGCGCCUGCCGCGCCACGGGCGGCAUCCCCAGCGCCACGGGCGGCGCCUGCCGCGCCACGGGCGGCGUCCCCAGCGCCACGGGCGGCGCCUGCCACGCCACGGGCGGCGUCCCCAGCGCCACGGGCGGAAAGGAAGAGAGAUGUCGAAACCCCAGCUGCAUCUUCAGCCAUCCGGAGGAAGAGGAGGAGUGCGCGGGGCUUGCACUCGAGGAGAUGCCUGCAGAUUCGUGCAUCCCUGCAGUGCAGGCCAAAGCUGUCGCAAGCGAAACUGCGCUCUUGACCAUCCACGUGAUGGUGCAAUGGGACAAUGAACGAGGCUUCGGCAAGGUGCAGAGUACCGAUGGGCGUGAGCUCUUUGUCCACAAGAGCUACCUGAGAGAGGCCGUCACGAAGGGCGCAGCGGUGGACUUCGAAAUUUCCUGGGUCGAGUCCAAGCAGCAGGACCAUGCCAAAGAUGUGCAGCUGUUGAAGCCGGGGACAGGAUCCACACCGGAAGCGAUCGAGACGGAGGGUGACAGUGCCUUCGCGGUGGAGAGUGCUCUCGAACCGCCUGACCUGCCUUCCCUCCCAGAACAUGCGACCGACCGGCAGCACUUGGAGAUGUUGACGCAGCAGAUGGAUCAACUCCGCAAGCGAGGUCAUGAUACCCAGAAGUUGUUGGUCCAGAACCAGCAGUUGUUGGUGCAAAGCCAGCAGCUCUUGGUCCAGGGCCUCUUCGCGCUGAUCCAACAGAAGCAGAAUGUGCAGAACGCCAACCUGGAACGUGCCCUGAAAGCCUUGACCGCGCAGAUGGGCGGAGAGGUGUCGGACCUUCCCGAGGUCAAGGUGCCCAGUCCAUUAGCUUCUUUGGAGGUGCCGGGUAUAGCACUCGCAGCGGCACCAGAGGCGGACAAGAGCAUCAAGAAAGGAAUGGCAGAAAUACGGUAUGGAACAGCCGUGGAACAAAAGGAACCGGAGAAGAAACCGGAGAAGCAAGAGGCAGCAUCAGCAGAAAGUGCCAAAGUAGCCUCAGAAACCAAGGCUGGCACACCUAUGUUUCGACAAUAUCGUUCGCGGUCCAAUAUGUGUUUGGCAGCUGUUUGA